GAUUUGUCAUUCUAGUCACUUCCUGCCUUGUGACCACACACCCGGGGUUGACAGAGUUGUUCUGCAGAUCAGAAAGAAGGGGCUUCUGGUCACACACCAGUACCACUGAGGACAGUUUUUCUCCGAGAUCUGUUGCCUAAAGCAAUAAAAAAUGGCCAGAGGAUCAGUAUCCGAUGAAGAAAUGAUGGAGCUCAGAGAAGCUUUUGCCAAAGUUGAUACCGAUGGCAAUGGGUACAUCAGCUGCAAUGAGCUGAAUGACUUGUUCAAGGCUGCCUGCUUGCCUCUGCCUGGGUACAGAGUGAGAGAAAUUACAGAAAACCUGAUGGCUACAGGUGACCUGAACCAGGACGGGAAGAUCAGCUUUGAUGAGUUUAUCAAGGUUUUUCAUGGCCUAAAAAGCACAGAUGUUGCCAAGACCUUUAGAAAAGCAAUCAAUAAGAAGGAAGGGAUUUGUGCAAUCGGAGGCACUUCAGAGCAGUCCAGUGUUGGUACCCAACACUCCUAUUCAGAGGAAGAGAAGUAUGCCUUUGUCAACUGGAUAAACAAAGCCCUGGAAAAUGACCCUGAUUGCCGGCACGUCAUCCCCAUGAAUCCAAACACCAAUGAUCUCUUCAGCGCUGUUGGAGAUGGCAUUGUCCUUUGUAAAAUGAUCAACCUAUCAGUGCCGGAUACAAUUGACGAAAGAACAAUCAACAAAAGGAAACUCACCCCUUUCACCAUCCAGGAGAAUUUGAACCUGGCCCUGAACUCGGCCUCAGCCAUCGGGUGCCACGUGGUUAAUAUCGGGGCUGAGGACCUAAAGGAGGGGAAGCCUUACCUGGUGCUGGGACUGUUGUGGCAAGUCAUCAAGAUUGGGUUAUUUGCCGACAUCGAACUCAGCAGAAAUGAAGCUCUGGUUGCUCUUUUGAGAGAAGGGGAGAGCCUGGAGGACUUGAUGAAACUCUCCCCCGAGGAGCUCCUGCUGCGGUGGGCUAAUUACCACCUGGAAAAUGCAGGCUGCAACAAAAUCAACAACUUCAGCACCGACAUCAAGGACUCCAAAGCUUAUUACCACCUGCUUGAACAGGUGGCUCCUAAAGGGGAUGAAGAAGGCGUCCCUGCUGUUGUUAUUGACAUGUCAGGACUAAGGGAGAAGGAUGACAUCCAGAGGGCAGAAUGCAUGUUGCAGCAGGCGGAGAGGCUGGGCUGCCGACAGUUUGUCACAGCCACAGACGUCGUCCGAGGGAACCCCAAGUUGAACUUGGCUUUCAUUGCCAACCUCUUUAACAGAUACCCUGCCCUGCACAAACCAGAGAACCAGGACAUCGACUGGGGGGCUCUUGAAGGUGAGACAAGAGAAGAGCGGACAUUUAGGAACUGGAUGAAUUCCUUGGGUGUUAACCCUCGAGUCAAUCAUUUGUACAGUGACUUGUCAGAUGCCCUGGUCAUCUUCCAGCUCUAUGAAAAGAUUAAAGUCCCUGUUGAUUGGAACAGAGUAAACAAACCGCCAUACCCCAAACUGGGGGGUAAUAUGAAGAAGCUUGAGAACUGUAACUAUGCUGUGGAACUGGGGAAGAAUCAAGCUAAGUUUUCCCUGGUUGGCAUCGGUGGGCAAGAUCUCAAUGAAGGAAACCGCACCCUAACGCUGGCCCUGAUUUGGCAGUUGAUGAGAAGGUACACACUGAAUAUUCUUGAAGACAUUGGAGGCGGGCAGAAGGUCAACGAUGACAUUAUUGUCAACUGGGUGAAUGAGACACUGAAGGAAGCGGAGAAAAGUUCAUCCAUCUCUAGUUUCAAGGAUCCAAAGAUUAGCACAAGUCUGCCUGUUCUGGAUCUCAUCGACGCCAUCCAGCCAGGUUCCAUUAACUAUGACCUUCUGAAGACAGAAAACCUGAACGAUGAAGAGAAACUCAACAAUGCAAAGUAUGCCAUCUCCAUGGCCCGAAAAAUUGGAGCAAGAGUGUAUGCCCUUCCAGAAGAUCUGGUUGAAGUGAACCCCAAGAUGGUCAUGACAGUGUUUGCUUGCCUCAUGGGGAGAGGAAUGAAGAGGGUGUAAGACCCAGCGGGCGGGGCUGGAGGCGCAUGCGCGUUUUUGACUGCUCAGCCCUGGGUGCUCCCCGGAAACGCAGGGACCCGUCAAGCAUUUCCAAAGAUUUCAAGUUGGUGACAUGAUACGAGAUUCCAAAAGGGGUAUAUCUGUGCAGCCAAGUAGCCUUCGUGUAUUUAACAGAAAAUGCUUUAUUCUUUGCAAAAGAUCCAGUCUCUUACAAAUUUUUUCUAAUCAUUGAAUUGAUUGCUUCUUUGAAUAUCUAGAGGAAAAAAAGAACUUAUUAUCGAGGCACCCUUCCCGCUUUUGCCAUUGGAGUCAAGUAGAGAAGCCGCAGUGUUGUUAAUUUUAACAUAAUCUUUCCAGCCAGCUUAAUGUGGCUGCCUUCUUGUUCAAGGUGAGAACCAGGAGGGGAGAAUCGUCAAACCAGUCCUAAAACCGGCUUCUGGAGGCCAGCGUUUGAUCUGUUGCAGCCUCCUUCGCGUCGCCCUUCCCCUACACUCUAUCUGCCUGUGGCUUGGCUCUCCGCCCUCUCAGAGCUAUGCCUUCUUCACGGCCCCGCUCUGCUGACCAGCCUCCUUCCUGGGCCACUUGGCUCAUCUGACAAAUCAGUCGGGCUGUUGGGGUCCCAAGAGUCUCUGGUAACCUGCAGAAGACUCGUCAUCAGAGCCUUUUCUCAGGACGAGGGUCCCAAAUGUCAUCAGAUUUUGUUUGUUCAGCCAAUAGGAAGCCCUCUGUUUUUAGCCCUAGGAUCUGGGCUCAGACUAGAUCUAACAUCCUGCAUACUGUGCCUUCAGAUAGAUUCUUAACUCUCUCCGCGGAAAGUUAGAUCCAAGGAGGGUGUCAUUGAGCAGAAAGCCACUGGGGGGCAGUGUAGAGCCAUAAUAGAGCAUCUGCCCUUUGGUGCUGCCUCUCCAGAUAUUUAGCCCUGCUAUUACGUCUAGUUAUGGUGGGAUGGCUAAAUCUCUGGUGCCUGGGAACCAUCCUGCUCUGACUUCAUUUGCAUUUAAAUCCUCCUGUAUCUGAUUGCUUCCAGGACAUAGUAUCAGUGUUUACUUUUUUGAUACCCCCAAGCUCCCAGGGGCAAUACGUGCCAACAAACGGUGCCCCCACUCCCCUCCCUCCAACACACACUUAUAUACACACAGACUUAGCUGGCUGAGUUGCUUAACAAAGAGCUAAUUUACUGGAUGUUUAAAGAAUUCCAAAACAAAAGCAAAGGAACAGUGUGAAUUUGAGCACUUCUGAGAGAUUAAACAAUUUCCUUGAAAACCUACCAAAGGCUAAAUUGCAGCAGAGCAUUGGGCACCCACAACUCGACCCCCCUCUCUCGUGGUGAAAGGGCUCAUCACUGAGGUAUCCUCUUUAGGGGUGCUAUGUAAUGGAACUUGGCCAUUUUCCAAAGCAAUUGAAAUGCCUCACGCUGGAUCUAUUCCCUGGUAGUGGGCUCAGGAAGCCAGUGCGUGGUUUCUUUGGGCCCAUCCCCUGUGUCUCUGCUGCAUCUGAAUGCAAAGUGGUUGGCUUUGUCUUAAUCUGCAUUUAAUGUAGCCUCCGAUGAUCCUCCCCCAUCUGCCUCCAGGAAGAAUGUUACUGCCUUAAGGGUAAAUGAAGGUGAAUUAAUGUUCAAGACCUCUCCAAAUAAAAUCCUCCCUCUGUUGGA